UCGGGGGCAAAGGGCCCCGCGCUGUGGACGCGCCUGGGCGGGACUUGAAAUACCGCUGCCGGCAGCCUGCGCGCCAGACGCCGCCAUGAUCAUCCCGGUGCGCUGCUUCACCUGCGGGAAGAUCGUCGGCAACAAAUGGGAAGCCUACCUGGGUCUGUUGCAGGCCGAGUACACCGAGGGGGAUGCCCUGGACGCUCUGGGCCUGAAGCGCUACUGUUGCCGCCGCAUGCUGCUAGCACACGUGGACCUGAUUGAAAAACUGCUAAACUACGCUCCGCUAGAGAAGUGACUGCCGGAGCUCACCCUCCUCCUCUCCUGGCCGUGGGCAGUCUGUGAUGCUGAAUUCAAACUGAGGUGCCUGGCCGUGGCCCUGUGGCUAGACCCCCUCGCCCUCGAAGGAAGGGGUCAAUAAAGAUCUUUGCAGACCCACCAGCAGGUCUGUCUAACUUGUAAGACU